UCACGCACUGCUGGAACAGUAAAAUUGACUAAUGUAUUUUCGGGGAAGUAUUUUGUUGACGCACUACACUAGGAAAGCAAGGAUAUUGAAUUGGGAGAAUUAUCUUGGACAUGUAACUGAGUUAACAAACAAAAUGUAGCGACCAAUGAUAGAUCAAAGAUUUUUCUUUUGGUAAAUAAAGGUCUAUUUAUAAAUAACGUGUUAAGUUUCCUGCAUAGUCAGUUUAAUACCAACAAAGUGAAUGACAUUCACCUUGAUUGUACUACAGGGUGUCAUGCCAGUGAAAUGAAGGAAAAUCUCUGAUUGUAAAGGCUGAACGGUUUAAAUGUCAAUAUCGCGUUGAAGAUGCAACUCAGAGCGACCUUUAGGACGUGCAGGGUGGUGGUUGUGUGUAGCACUUUGUUCAAAAAUGGCCCGCAAACCUGCAAGUGGCUAUACCAGGGGAAGAGAAAGUACAGCUUUAUGCCAGAUGAUGUCAAAUCAUUACGAACUGUGGUCAACCCAGACAUAUCCAAAAUCAGGAACAUUGGCAUCAUGGCCCACAUAGAUGCAGGGAAGACCACCACCACCGAGAGGAUGCUGUACUACUCAGGCUACACCAGGGCUUUAGGAGAUGUUGAUGACGGGGACACAGUGACCGACUUCAUGGUCCAGGAGAGGGAACGGGGCAUCACCAUCCAGUCGGCAGCUGUCACCUUUGACUGGAAACGAUACAGGAUCAACCUCAUAGACACCCCCGGGCACGUUGACUUUACCCUGGAGGUGGAGCGCGCUCUGCGUGUGCUAGACGGCGCGGUGGCAGUGUUUGACGCCUCCGCUGGUGUGGAGGCUCAGACUCUGACCGUGUGGAGGCAAGCAGACAAACACCAGGUGCCGUGUAUUUGUUUCCUGAACAAGAUGGACAAGCCGGCAGCCAGUCUAAGUUUUUCCAUUGAGAGCAUUAAGAAGAAACUUAAAGCCAAUCCCGUUCUCCUACAGAUUCCUAUUGGUAUUGGGAAAAGCUUCGCAGGAUUGGUUGAUUUGAUAACGAACCAGCGAAUGACAUGGCAGGGAAAGACCAGGGAAGAGGAUGGGCGUGUUUUUGAAACCAAACCCCUCAGCCAAUCAGAUGACCCGGAGCUUCUACAAGAAGCCAAGGAGGCCAGGGUAGCUUUAAUUGAACAGGUGGCUGAUCUGGACGAUGAGUUUGCUGAGUUGUUACUUGGUGACUACAGUGAAAACUUUGAUGCUGUUCCUCCUCUAAAACUGCAGCAGGCGGUGAGGCGGCUGACCCUCGCCCGUAAGGGGGUGCCCGUGCUCUGUGGGAGCUCCCUGAGGAACAAGGGGGUCCAGCCCCUGCUGGACGCCAUCACUGCCUACCUCCCCGCCCCCAACGAAAGGCACCACGACCUGGCGCGUUGGUAUAAGGAUGACCUCUGCGCCCUGGCCUUCAAAGUGCUCCACGACAAGCAGCGUGGGCCUCUGGUGUUCCUACGGAUCUACUCAGGCACCUUGAAGCCGCAGUCGGCCGUGCACAACAUCAACAGGAACAGCACGGAGAGGAUGAGUCGGUUACUGCUGCCAUUCGCUGACCAGCACGUGGAGAUCCCCUCCCUGACUGCCGGGAACAUUGCUCUCACUGUGGGACUCAAGCAGACGGUGACGGGGGACACCAUCGUGUCCUCAAAGGCCUCGGCUGUGGCCGCGGCCCGGCGCGCCCAGAACGAGGGAGAGGGGGAGAGGAGGAGAGGAAAAGGCGGAGGGGAGCAAAGCAGCCUGGUCCUGGCUGGAGUGGAGGUCCCCGACCCCGUGUUUUUCUGCUCCAUAGAGCCCCCAACGAUGUCCAAACAGACAGAUCUGGAGAAUGCCCUGACCUGUUUACAGAGAGAAGACCCCAGUCUUAAAGUCAGGCUCGACCCAGACUCUGGACAGACUAUCCUGUGUGGGAUGGGGGAGCUGCACAUUGAGAUCCUGCAUGACCGCAUCAGGAGAGAGUAUGGCAUCGAGACCCACCUGGGGCCCCUACAGGUAGCCUACAGAGAAACCAUCCUCCAAUCAGUCUUCACCACAGACACGCUGGACCGGACAGUGGGGGAGAGGAGACACAUGGUGACGGUGGGCCUGGACGUCAGCCCUGUCCCAGACCCAUCAGACGCUACUUCCUGUGACAUCACCUGGGAAGAGGAAGUGAAGGGUCACUUGUCGGCAGAUCUCCGGGAGGCCGUCGAGAACGGCGUGCAGAGCGCCUAUCUCCAAGGUCCGUUGCUUGGUUACCCGGUGCAGGGUGUUUCCACGGCGAUCAAGAGUGUGACCAUGGAGCCCGGGACGUCGCUAGCCAUGGUGUCUGCCUGUGUGUCCCGCUGUAUGCUCAAGGCUCUUAAAAAGGCGCGGGGUCAAGUCUUGGAACCGGUGAUGUCCCUGGAGGUCACGGUGGGGGAGGAGUACCUGAGCCCCGUGCUGGGUGACCUGGCCCAGAGACGCGGCGGCAUCAGGGACAUCCAGAGUCGCCAUGACGACAAGGUGCUGCUGGCCUCCGUGCCCCUGGCCGAGAUGAUGGGCUACUCUACAGUGCUACGAACGUUGACCUCUGGGAACGCCACGUUCUCCCUGCAGCUGGACUCCUACCAGGCCAUGAAUCCCCAGGAACAGAGUUCCCUGGUCAACAGGAUGGCGGGCCUCUCGUGAUAUUGUCUCUUCUUGACAUUAUGAUUUCAUUUCCUGUAGUUGAGUGGGAGGAAGGGACAUGUGGACAACUGGAGUCAGGGACUCUGAACAUGUUCUGCUUGAUAUUUCAUAGUACCUCUGACGUUUGCUAUUGGCAUGAACGUAUCAUGUCUUUGCACUGUCAAGUUCUAUUUCCUGUGCAAAUUACAGAUCAUUUCAUCAAGCUGUCUCCAUAUUAACAAGGAAGUGCUAUUGUUUCUCUGUCAAAUAUAUGGUAUUAAAGUGUGUGCAUCGAUAGGGAAUCUGUUGU